AAUGAUAUUAUUCUGUGGCUGGACACUCGACACAUCACUCGCAUCAUUUGUAUAUUGUGCCAACUACAGUUGUCCAAUACCCACUGCCCAGCGGUUAUGCCACAUUAAAAUAAUCGCUUCUUGUAAACUUGACGCAAAUAAAUAAAUAACAUUUUCAUUUGAACCAUCAAAAAUACGUUGAUUUUAUAUCUAUUGAAUUUUUAAAUCAACGAAUUAUUACAGAUGCGAUGGAGGUACUUAAGUCAUGCUAUAAGGAAGUAUUCAAAAGACGUCAACGGAUUUCAAGUAGGCAUUGUAGGUGCUGGCCCUGCAGGGUUUUAUUGUGCACAACAGUUACUAAAAAAAAUUCCUGGCUGUCAGAUUGAUAUAUAUGAAAGAUUGCCAGUUCCAUUUGGACUUGUACGUUAUGGUGUAGCUCCUGAUCAUCCAGAAGUAAAAAAUGUUAUUAACACAUUUACUAAAACUGCAUCAAAUGAAAAUAUACGAUUUAUAGGAAAUGUCUCACUUGGCUGUCAUAUUACAUUAGCCCAACUUAAACAUUCAUAUAAUGCCGUAGUAUUAGCUUAUGGAGCUGACGAAGACAGAAAAUUAAAUAUUGUUGGUGAAAAUUUAUCCAAUGUUGUAUCAGCUACAAAAUUUAUAGGGUGGUAUAAUGGUUUGCCAGCAGAUAAAAAUAUUAAAGUAGAUUUGGAUGUUGAACAUGCUGUUAUUGUAGGACAAGGAAAUGUUGCUUUGGAUGUUGCUAGAAUAUUAUUAACACCUGUUGAUGAACUUAGAAAAACGGACAUCACAGAAUAUAGUUUAGAGGCUUUGACACAAAGUAAAGUAAAAAAAGUCACUCUUGUGGGUCGAAGAGGUCCAUUACAAGUAGCAUUUACAAUUAAAGAAUUAAGAGAAAUGUUAAAAUUACCUGGAGUGAGCACACAUUUUUUUGAAGACCAAAUUAAUGAUAUAGAUAAAGUCAUUAACGAUUUACCAAGACCUCGUAAACGAUUAAUACAACUUAUGUAUGAUGCAUCACAAAAAACAGAAGUUCGAAAUAAAUUGUUUGAUCUAUUGUUCCUGAGAACACCUAUCUCAAUAUUAGGUACAUCAAAAAUAGAAGGAAUUGAACUAGCUAUAAACCAUUUAGAAGGAGAAAGAGCAAUGGUUACAGAUGAAAAGUAUACAUUAAAAUGUGAAUUGGCUUUUCGCAGUAUUGGAUAUCAGAGUGUCCAAGCAGAUCCUGACAUACCUUUUGAUAAAAUGUCUUCAACAGUACCUCAAAGUAUAGGUGUUUAUAGUGUUGGUUGGUUGUCUUCGGGACCCGUGGGAGUAAUAUUGUCGACUAUGAGUAAUGCUUUUCAAACAGCUACGUUAAUUGGUCAACAUUUUGAUAAAGGCCUGCUUGGUGAACGAAAGCCAGGAUAUGAUUACAUUUCAAAAGUAUUAGAAGAUAAAGGCAUAAUUACUGUCGAUUGGAAUGGGUGGAUGAAAAUUGACAAAGUUGAAGUGGAAAGAGGACUAAAACAUGGUAAACCUCGAGAAAAAAUUGUCGAUGUUGACGAAAUGUUACAAAUUGGAGGAAUACUAAAAUAAUACUUUCAAUCAUAAUCAAAAUCUAAUUUAUUGUAGAAAUGUUUAGAUAAGUAAAUAUUAUAAAUGCUUCAAAAUAAAAAUAUGAAAUGUUGAAUAAGUGAUAAGUAUAAUAUAUUUAGGAAAAAUUAAUUACUUUUUAGUUAAGUCAAUUUAUUUUACUAAUUUUACUGUGUAUUAAUGUGUAUUUAAUUUGAAAUGUUAAUAUAAAAAUGUAUUUUUAAAAUAUUUUUAUUAAUGAUUAUUUUUUUUCAAAAACUAUUAAUUAUGUUAAUUUAAAACAAGAUAACACAUUAUGAUAUUACAACAUUUUUGAUUAUUAUUACUAUAUUGUAUUUAAUUUCAUAGUGGAGUGGUGAAUUAUUUUACAAUGAUAUUUGUAUUUUUUUUGUAGAAAAAAGCGUCUGAAGUUUAAUAAGUCAAAACUCAUCAAAAUCACGAAAAUUAGCAAAUGAUUUCUAGUUAGAAAUUCAUAAAAUGUUUAGUAUUUCUAUCUGAGCUUUGAAAAUGUAAUAUAACUUUGUCUUAAGUUUUCCUACAUUAAUAAAAAAAAAAUGAAACAGGAAUGUCAAAUUAAUUAUCUUGGAGCUAGACAUUGGAUAAUCACCCAAAAUUUAACAAAUAAU